UAAAACCUUUUGUCUGAGUUUUGCACGGCAGGCCGUUUUUAAUUUCAGCAGUUGUUUUACCACAUAAAAUCCCUACAAACCGAAAUAACCGAGGGAACGAAAUCGAUACCAAAACUGUAAAGUUCGCGUUUUUCAUUUCGCAAAAGUCAAGGUUAGCUUUUUCGAAAUUAAUCGUUAUUUUUGUGGCGCCAAGGCACAAUGGUCACGGUUUUUUAGCAUCGAUUUUGCUGUUUUUUUAUUGAACCUCCUCCAACCCGCGCGGUUGCCGUCUGCAACGUAUGGACAGACGACCGUCAACGACUGUUAAAAACCGACACAGGCCGCCCACGACCCGUAUGAAACCUUUGGUCACGUCCAGUCGUCGUCUUGCGUCGUUACGCAGGCAGUUCAGCAGAGAUUUGCAGGAAUGGCCGCAUCACAAAACGGAAUUGACAGUAACAACGUCGUCGCGCAGUUGCCGCACUUCGUCGGUGCCGCGCGGAAACGCGACAACGCCGCCUACGGCGUUCGUGGCGACAGCGCCCUCUCUGCGGACGGUGCAGUAAGUGGUGGGGGUAGUAGUUCGGCGUUGCCCGAGGGGGGCGCGUCGAACGGUGUGCUUAGUGAUAGUGAUGAUAAUGAUAAUGUAGGCAGAGAGGGGGGUAGUGAUGCCAGAAGGGGCGGGGGUGAGUGCGCUGAGGAGAUCGAGGAUGGACCUUUACAGGAUAACUGCAAAAACGACUCAACGCAACACGAGGAAGAUUCCGAAGACAAAUCACCGCUUUUGAGCAACCAGCGCAACUCUAGUCAGGAAAACCAACGCGCCAAAUUGUUAGAAGCCAAGUUUAACGAAAAAAAUACCAAAACAAAAAGCAUAUACGAGAACCCCAUCGAAAAAAGCGAAGCGGAAAACUUGCUCAAGAAAGUCAUUAUAAUAGAUACUGUUUUCAACAGAUCGAAGCUAUCUGAAGAUGACAGACCAGUGCUUCACGUGCAGUUUAACAGCGAAAAAAUCAGCGAUAGUUCCAUCGCGAAGGAUCCUAGUUCUAGCCGUUCAUCUAGUAGUCUAUCAGGUUCUAGUUCUAGUAGUAGCAGUGAAAGUAUUAUACUUACCGAGGCGAGACCGCCCGAUGGUGGAUGGGGCUGGGUCGUGGUUAUGGCCUCGUUCGUAGUCAAUUUAAUCGCGGAUGGUAUAACAUUCUCCUUUGGUGUUAUCUUUGUGGAGUUCCUCAAUUACUUCGGCCAAAACCGUGGCACUACAGCCUGGAUAGGAGGUUUAUUCAUGGCUAUGCCUCUACUGUCAGGCCCCAUCGCUAGCUUUUUAACCGAUAGAUAUGGGUGCAGGAAAGUCACCAUAUUUGGUGCUAUUUUAGCUUCUAUAGGUUUUAUUAUAUCCUCUCAAGCCAAUAGUAUGACGGUGCUAUGCAUAACCUUCGGUAUAUUAGCAGGUUUCGGUUUGAGUUUGUGCUAUGUCGCAUCAGUGGUUAUAGUCGCGUAUUAUUUCGACAAAAAACGUUCAUUUGCUACAGGGUUAGCCGUUUGUGGUAGCGGAAUAGGUACAUUCAUAUUCGCCCCUCUCAUACAAGCGUUAUUAGAUGAGUAUGGAUGGAGGGGUACCACUUUAAUAUUAGCUGGAUUAUUUUUAAACCUCGUGGUGUGCGGAGCCUUGAUGAGGGAUCUUCCGUGGACCUCCGAGCAACAAAAACAGGCCGCCAAAGAGAGGAAGCGUAAUCGAAAGGAAAAGCGAAAAAAUAAAGGUUCAUCGGCUGAUAGUUUCUCGGUUAGUAACAGCACCAACACCGCCAGCGUCCUACAACCGAUUCUAGAGCACAAAGAGUUGGAUAAAGAAGAUUUAAAGCACUGCAGCAGCUUGGUAAACCUACCUACAUACGUAAGAAACGGCGAGAAGGUGCCCAUAGAAGUCCUAGAGUUACUUAGCACCCACAAAAACGUUUACAACGUUUUGAUGACGAAUUAUCCGAACCUCUUGACGCCAUCGAGAAGUUUCAGCGAGUCCGGUAGACUACACGAUGUUAACUUCAUGUCGAGUAAAUACGCGCAGUCGCAGUGUGCCACAUCACCGCCAGCCAAUCAUAACGAAGACUCGGCUUACUUGUGGUGGCUCAAGAGAAACCAACUUACACCUCCUCGCAUGAACCCACAGAAAAAAUUGCAGACGACCACUGCGUUUCUGAGGGAUUUACGUAUACACAGAUUAUCCGUUACGUAUAGAGGCGCUAUGUUGAACAUUAAUAGAUACCGACUACGCGCGUCUUCUUGCCCGGACAUAUAUAGAAACUCCAUGACCACCAUUGCCAAAGAGAAAGUCGUGUGGUACUCCGCCGUCUGGGAUCUGUGGGAUUUGUUGGUCGAUAUGUUCGAUUUCUCUCACUUCGCAGACCCCAAGUUUUUUCUAUUCGCCAUUUCCAACUUCCUUCUCUACACUUGGUACGACGUUCCUUACGUGUACCUCACCGAUAAUGCCAUAAGUCUAGGAUUUUCCGACAAGGAUGCCUCCAUGUUGAUUUCCAUCAUCGGGAUUAUUAAUAUGUUGGGCGAGAUUAUUUUGGGAUGGGCCGGUGACCAACCAUGGGCAAACGCCAGUACCAUCUACGCCGUCUGCAUGGGCCUUUGCGGAGGGAUAAUAGCCCUAAUACCCCUACUUAAGACCUACUAUCCCAUAUGCUUCGUAUCAGGGGCAUUCGGUUUUCUGAUAGCUGCAAAUUAUUCCCUGACCUGCAUCAUACUUGUGGAACUAAUUAGUUUGGAACGUUUUACAAACGCUUAUGGGUUGCUCUUGUUGGUACAAGGGGUUGCCAACUUAAUUGGACCUCCGUUGGGAGGUUGGCUAUACGACAUCACUGGUACCUAUGAUCUCUCAUUCUUCCUGGCAGGGUUUUUCAUCGCCAUUUCCGGCCUGAUGCUCUUCAUACUUCCGCUGGCGAAACGACUGAAAAAAUGUUUGAACAAGAAAAAACCAGACGACAAAAAUUCGACCCAAAAUUCCAUCAAAAACGAGGAAAAUGCCGAAACAGGCGGGUUUUUCUCGUGUUGCGUCAGGAACAAGAACCAAAAAAACGAAACUGAUCACGUCAGCAAAAUCUAAUAACAAUCCUUCCCUUACCCACAAGUGAACUUAAAAUUGGCGUUUUCUAGGAGUUUUUACUAGUUUCCAACUUUGGCAGCCAAAAAAUGAAGAUUCUUACGAAUAUAAGAAAAAUUACCAAAAAAAUAUUUUAAAGUAAUUAUUACUUUGUGUUAUUUUUGACUUAAUUAAUAUUUCCAUUGAAAAAAAUGCAAAAUUACCAAAAAAUUACUUUCAAGUAAUUAUUACUUUGUGGUAUUUUUUUCAGUUUUUGACUACAUUGAUAUAUUCAUUAAAAAUUAAGAAACUUUUAUUUUAUGGUAAUUAUUACUUUGUGGUAAUUUUUUGGGUAUUUCUCCCAAAUCGUCCUUUUUCGCUGCUGUAAUUUUUCUGGUAAAAAAAAUUGGCGUAGGCCUCGUUUUACCGGGGAGUUAAGAUAUUUGCAAUAUUAAUAAUAAAGGCCUCUAAAAAAGGUCGCGAUAGUGUUAUAAAAAUAAGGAAUGUUUUUUGAACGAUUCUUAUAACUUUUUUGAUAUAUCCAUUUGGAUUGUUCCUUAGAUUCUUUACAAAGUAAGGUUAAAUAAAUUAAAAGCUGUUGAUGGUUUUUUUAGUGACCUAACAUAAUAUACCAAUAAUUUACUACCUCUUUAAAAGAUUUUUGACAAUUAUUGAUAGCUCAUUUUUCUAUUAGGAUUAUAGAUAAUACUUACCAAACGCGAACUUUUUUAAAGUGAUUGUAAAGAUGUCCA